UUUUUAAUUGAUUGUUUAAAAACAUACUAUUGUGUGCCUAGCAUUCAGUACCUUAUUUAUGAUACAAGAGGUUGUCUUUAAAGAUGAUUGGUUGAAAAUUAAUUAAUUUCCUGAAAAAAAAAGUUUCGAUGUUGUUCCAGGAACAGAAAACUGACGCUCUAAACCUAUUAAAUCAUCAAAAAGACGACAGGUUUUACAGGUAAAGGGUAUAAAACGAGGCAAGUGUGGCGAACACGCUCCAAAUCCAAUUGCUGUUUGGUUUUUUUGCAUCACUUGACAGCCACGACAAUGGCCGAUGAAGAAUUUAACACCACAAAAGCACCUCUAGUUUUACGUGCUAAACAAUUAAUGAGUGACUGGUGGAGUCAGCUUGUGUAUAGACAUCGUCACAAGAAAGACUGGCAGAAAGCAAUGGAUGAAACUCACCUACAGCACCUCCAUAUGAUUGAGGUGAAUCCUCUUUUUCUUGCUGCCAAAGAAAAUGAUGUGGCAUCUAUUAAGAAAUUACUCAAGAGUCCCUCGACAAAUAUAUAUGAGAAAGGUGCACUUGGGGAAACUGUGCUUCAUGUUGCUUCUUUGUUUGACAGCCUAGAAGCAGCUGUUGCUUUGAUUGAGGUAGCACCUGAUCUCAUUAAUAAACCCAUUAUUUCUGACUUCUCUGAAGGAGAGACUGCUCUCCAUAUUGCUGUGAUGAAUGAAAAUAUAAAUCUUGUCCAAGAGCUGAUUCGCAGAGGAGCUGAUGUGGUCACCCCUCGUGCAACAGGCGAAUGCCUUCCCAAGAGGAGACGAAAUCUUGCAUAUUUUGGUGAACACAUUCUGGCAUUUGCAGCCUGCACAGGGAAUGAAAAAAUUGUUCGUUUACUAAUUGACAAUGGGGCAGAUAUAAGGGCUCAAGAUCAGCAAGGUAAUACAGUCUUGCAUGUUCUGGUCCUUCAACCCAACAAAGUCAGAUCCUGCCAAAUAUAUGACUUAAUUAUGUCAUAUGACAUGAAGGAAGACAGUAGAAAUUCAUUGGAUAUCAUCCGGAACAAUAAAGGAUUGACUCCUUUCAAACUUGCUGCAGCUGAGGGUAACUCAGUGAUGUUUCAACAUAUAGUGAACAAACGUCGCAUAUUCCACUGUUUUUUGGGACCACGGUCAUCGUAUCUGUAUGAUCUUUCAGAAAUUGACUCCUGGGCAGAUGACCACUCAGUAUUGGAACUUAUUAUCUGCAGUGAAAAAAGAGAGGCUUGUAAAAUUCUGGAAAUUACUCCAGUGAAGCAGCUCAUCAAGCUAAAAUGGAUGAAAUAUGCAAGGCAUUACUUUCGCUUCCUGAUGCUUGUGUAUAUUUUGUACAUCAUCAUCUUUACCCUAUGCUGCAUAUUUCGACCACUAAAAUUACGUCCAGACAAUGCAACGGAUCCCAGGGAUGUCUUGCUAUAUGUUCAAAAAAGUUUGCAGGAAAGCUAUCUCACCUACAAUGAUCAUCUUAGACUGAUUGGUGAAAUAAUUAGUGUAAUUGGUGCUUUGGUCAUCCUUCUAAUAGAGAUCCCAGAUAUACUAAGAGUUGGAGCUACAAAAUAUUUUGGUCAUACAGUUUUGGGUGGUCCUUUUCACGUCAUCAUCAUAACAUAUUCCUGUCUAUUACUGAUCUUAUUCAUGCUGAGGAUAACAAACUCACAAGGAGAAAUGGAAAUUAUGGCAUUUGCACUGGUGCUUGGCUGGUGUAAUGUCCUUUUUUUUGCUCGUGGAUUUGAAAUGUUAGGUCCAUAUGUUGUCAUGGUCCACAAGAUUAUGAUUAGUGAUAUGUUAAGAUUUAUUUGGCUGAUGAGUUUUACUGUUAUUGGCUUCACUACAGCCCUGUGGAUGCCUUACAUGACUCAAGAUCCAGCUGCAGAUCCCCAUUUUAAUGAGUUCUCCACAACAUUCUUUUUACAAUUUGAGUUGUCCUUGGGAUUGUUGAAUUUACCAUUAAAUUACACUGUGUGGACUCCAAACAUAGUGAAGGUUCUCCAUUCAGCCUUAACCAUCUUUGCCUUCCUAGUCAUCAUGUUCCUGCUAGCUGCCAUGUUAGGAGACACACAGACAAGGGUGGCAGAAGAAAGAAAUGAGAUUUGGAGAGCUCAAGUUGUAGCAACUAUAAUAAUGCUGGAAAGAAAGCUACCUCGAUUGUUGUGGACAAGGAUUGGAAUCUGUGGAGAAGAAUAUGGAUUAGAGAACAAGUGGUACCUAAGAGUUGAAAGCUGUAAAAUACAUGCUACUAAGAAACUAAAUCACAAUAAACCUGACUCCGAUGAGAGCUGCUCACGUGAAAUGGGAUUGGCAAUGUCUAAUGUGAAUCCAUGUUCUGCUAACGGAGAAUCCAGUAAUCAGUCCCAAAACUCUUUAAAGGGCUUGGAAAUCACCUGCAAAAACUCUAUAGACCAUGUGAAUGUAGAAAAUGAUGUACUGGAAGAUGUAUGUUAUGUCUGAAAUAAUAAUUUUCUCUUAAAAAAAAGUAAGCCUUCAGAUUUAAAAAAUUACAACAAUAAAAAAAGUACACGUGUUUUUACCCGAGUUGUCAUUUUCAUAUGCAGGACAGGCCGCAACAAAAUAUAUACAGAAGGACAGAUUUGAUAAAAUAUACUCUAUUCACUAUAAUGUCGGUAUAUGUGAUAAAACACUAUUAGCAAUCAACAUUGGUGUACUGAAAUUAGCAUAAUCAUAAGUUGACAUUUCUAAAUUAAACAUACAUUUUAGUAAAAUUGCAUAAGUAUAAUGUAUUAUUAAUGUUCAGAAUGGUGCAAUAUAUUUAAGGGGAACUGUAAAAACAUUUUUAAACAAUAUUAACUCAGAAUAACAUUUAGUAUGGUACAACAUUCUGUGUUAAAAAUCACAAAUACCUGAAAAGCAAGAUUCUGUACAUUUUGUUUGUAUUGUCUUCUUUACAGGGUUUAAUAUGUUUAGUCCUUAUGGACUCAAAAUCUUGAAACUUUGCUGUUGCCAAUUUAUGUUUUAAUGUUCAAGAUCCUAAUUUAAACCAUUUCAUUUUUGACUGCUUUUUGAUGUCUUUCUUGUCUUAGCAAUGAAUGAUAUGUUCAGACAGAGAAUUAAGGCAUUUAAAUAAUACCACUACUUUGUAGUUUAUUAUUAUGCUAAGAGGAUCAGGCCUAAGCUGCUGUAAGAGUUUAAUGCUAUUGUAGAGCUUCUUACAAAUAUUGUAACUAUACUCUUGUACAAUAGACUUUAGUUAUGAUGGGAUUUGAGAAACUAGUAAAUUAAACGAUUUAAAGAUGAAGUUUAUGAUGUUCUACUUUAAUGACAAAGUAAACUAUGUGAUUAAAGUGGAAAUUUUGAGAUUAAAGUUGAC